AGAGAGCGAAGACAAAAAAAAGAAAAGAGCGAGCGGAGGAUGUCUAUUUAAACGGAACGGAGACCGCAUGGGUCUGCUGCUCUGCUAUUCCUGACUGACAGCAUCAUUGAAUUUGGACCACACUCUGCCUCCCCCUUUUCUUUCGGUUCUUGUUGCAAGGUGUGAAGUGGAGGGCCUCCCAAACACAGACCAAGACUGGCUGCAUGUAUCACCCAGCAGAGCUGUACUCUGGCCGUAACACAUGGGACUCCUAUCCGGCUGGAGGACCUAACAGAGGACAAUGGGCUCCUGUAAACGGUCACCCCUGGAGCCACACAGAAAGAUGCCAAGGAGGGCGCAAUCAAUCACAUCAUCCACCAUCAAAUCGUCUUUAUAAUAGGGGGGAGAGGACACUCAGCCAUGUCCAGGACAAGGGGAUUUCUAAGGGGCACAGACAGCCUCUACGUCUCUGGGAUAGCAAAGAGCAGCCGUUUGAGGCCCAGAACUGGCACCACAACUCCACACGCUCAUUCCACAGCCGAGCUGACACCAACAGUGGCUACCUGACAGGACCAGGGGAGCGCUACACAAACUGGGACAACAAUGUCAGCAACUCUGUGCGAGGGGGUCCUCGUCUGCAUCGCAACAGCAGAGACCUCCAAUCCCCAAUGGAACGCUGGGCCCCCUCAGACUGCCGCAGGAGCUUCCCCGAUAGAAUGAUGAACAACAAAGCAGGAGCAUGGAAAAGGCCGGUCCUCCACCAGCGGCGAGAGCAACUGCACCAGCAAAGUCCACCUCCACUCUCUAGGGAAGAGUGUCCAGCCAAGAGAAGAAGAGACUCUGGCCCUGAACAGUCAUCUCAUCCUGGAUCAAGGCAUUUACCUUUAGUUGCCCACGCCCCAUCCCCACCUCGCCACCAUCGCUGUAGCCAAGACGACUGGAAGCCUCUUAAUGACAGGGCGGGUCAUAUCCACCACUCUGACCACAGGACCUCAACAACACAGCAACAGGAGACCUCUAAACAGCGAGCUGGAGGGCAUGGCUUCAGUAAUAGUCACCUAGCGGCUCCAAACCAGAGUUGUGGCAGCAGACCACCACAUCACGGAAGCAGGGGGAAGGUCGACCGGAAAAUCUCGUCUUCACCAGCAGACCACACCCGUGUGCCUUACAGCCACCAAAACCAUCAUCACCACCAUCAACGGCACACAGGCCACCCCAGGGCCCUACAGCACAACCCACCGCUACACACUAUGGACGGAAAGGACUCACGGAGCCACCACCACAAACAAAGCACAGAACCUCAGCGAACUCAUCAAAGAGGCACUUCAAGAGAUCGAAUCCUCUCCAGGUCAUCUGGUGCAGACUCUCCUCCCUAUCCGUCCCAUCUCUGCAGUCCUAAAGAUGGAGGUUCUACUGCCAGCAGUCCACGUGCUCCAUCCAGUCCCUCUUCAUACACAGCGGCCAGUGGCAGAAAGGAUCCAUUAAUCAUUCAUCAGUGCAGCCCUGGCCUCAUUGGACAGCAGAAACACCAGGGAAGCCCUAAUAACACCCUGAGACUCACAUCUCACACUGGUUUAAAAUCCAGGUUUUUGGAUGUCAAAUAUAGAAAGACCUCACAAUCCCUCUGCUCUCGACAGUCCCCACACAGCAGGUCAAGAGCAAACAAGCCUGAGAAGGAGUUGGAGGAACACAAAAAGCCUGAUAAAGUGAUGAAAAAAGAGAGAGUGAGAAAGGGAGAAACUCAGAAGACAAACAGAAAGGGCGAAGAGAGAAAGAGGCGAAAGAAAAAAGAGGAAAAGAGGUUGGCUGAGAGAAAAAAGAAGAGGGAUAAGGCAGCUAAGAGGGAGAGGAAGUUAAGUUUGAAAAGUAAAGUCACAGAAAAUGAAACUUCCAUCUCUACUUUUAACUCUUCCGACGAGGCCAGAAUGAGUGCGAGUCUGUCCCCCAAGAAUCAAGGCCAGUCACCACCCAAACACAAGCACAGAGAGAGGAGCGAACGACCAGAGAGGACACACUGGCCAUCCACAAACACUCCUAAUCCCAGCUGCACUUCACCUCAGCCAUCCUCAAAAUCUGAAAGUCGCAAAAUGCCCAAGAACAGCAUAUCCCCAAAACUCCCUGUCAGGGAACAGCUAGUACAGUCUCCCCCCAGGGCCACCAGCGCCGACCAGACAACCAAGAGGCCCGCCAUCGUCUCAUUCCAGUCAGAGGAACAAUCCAAGGCAAAGCCCGACGACACACUCCCCUCCCUUUUAUUUAAAGCCUUAACACCUCUCAGUACAGCAGGUUCCAUAAGCUUACAGCAGUCCAUCCAUGGCAAAGAAGGAGGGCAAGUAGGGGUCCUCAACGCUCCAGACCUACAGCCUGUGGCAGUGAUUGGAAAUUUGAGGGAAAUGGGAGAAAACCUUGCAAAUACUCCUCCUGUUCUCAGCUGGCAGGGCUCUCCAGUAUCAACUCUGGGAGAUGACGAAGAGGAGCUAGAAAAGGGAGUGAUGAGUAGACCUGUCCUCCAGCCCAGCCCCACCCAGUGCUUUUCUCCUCCUCCUGUUGAAGGUGAGAGCAUUGAUGAUAUAAAUAAGGAGCCUUGUAUAGAUACACCGGCUGAUUAUUCCCAAGAUGGUGCGUCUGAACUCUGCAGUCUGCCGUGUGAAACAGAACAAGUUGCUGAGAAAGAAAAGGAAGAAGAGAUGGAAGGCAGAGUGGAAGCCUCUGGCUCUCUUCUCCGUGAGCUUUGCCACCAUAAAACAGGUUUGGACGAUGUCUUCAAGAGCUUGGCCACCUUUCUCGGAGGCCAAAGGGUCACAUGUCGAGGCGGUCCAUUUGGGGGGCCUCCUGCUGGCACCACCAGAGGAGUGAAGUACUCGUCAUCUCUCGAAUUGGGGCCAGAGAUUCAUGAGCAUCAGGAUUUUUCACCCAAAUCAGAUCCCACAGCAUAUUCCAAACUUGGUAAUCAGUCAUCAACUCACACCACCUCAGACACACUUUUGAAAUCCCACAAUCCCACACAGUCUGUCAUGGACACCCCAGUGCAGAAGAAGCACGAAGACUCUGAGAACGACAUGAAAGAGAAAGAACUGGAUAAAGAUAUGGAGAACUGUUCUGAGAGAACGGAGUCGUCUCUUUUGGAAGGGUCACUGAGCGCAAAGCUGAGUGUGACCACGACACACACAGGCUCUUUCACUGGCCUCAUUACUGUCUCCACCAAGGAGGGGAGAGGACACAGUGAAGAGACAGCAUGCAUAGGGACAGACAGAAAGAGGAAACGAAAGGCUGAUGAUGGAGGGCGAGAGGGAGAGAUCAAAAUUCAGAUCAAGGCAGAAAAAAGCAGUGUCAUCUGUUCGAAAAAUAAAGAGGAUUUGGAAGAAAGGGCAUCCUCAGUGCUCGUCAUCUCCAGAAAGUCACCCAAACCUCGCAAGGAUAGUGCGAAGAGCCAGAUUCCUCAGGAAAAUCAAACCCCACAUGGCAAACAAAUCCAUACAGACAAAGCAGACCCAGGGAAUGCUGAGGUAAAGACCGUAACAAAGAAGAAGGAAGAUGUCAAUGAAUCAGAAAAUAAGAUAUCCUCUGCUGCGGGAAACACAAAUACCAAGACCUCAGUCUCAGCGUCAACUGUAACAAUCAGCACACCCAAAUCAUGUGUGUCCACACCAGCAAGUAAACCUCCCAGCUCAUCAGCGCCAGUUGACCCGCUGAAGCUGAAAGCAUUGUCCAUGGGUUUAUCUAAGGAGCUAAAGAUCAUCUUGAUUAAAGUGGAGAAUGCUGGAAGACAAACAUUCCACAUAUCUGAGGUGGAGGAGCAAAGAAUCCCUCUGUCCAAGAUCAGCAUCGAAAACUCGGGGGCUCAAGUGGUCAGAUCCUGCAAGGGGACAAGGGUGAAGGGAAAAUUCAAGGAGUCGUUCCUGCUUUCCACCCUCUCUGUGAAACCAAACAUUGCAACAGAGAUCCCCAUUCCUCGAGAAAAGCUCAACCCUCCUACACCAAGCAUCUAUUUGGAGAGCAAAAGAGACGCCUUCUCUCCUGUUCUGCUUCAGUUCUGCACUGAUCCCAAAAAUGCAGUUACUGUCAUCAGAGGCCUUGCUGGCUCCCUCCGCCUAAACCUUGGUCUGUUCUCCACCAAAUCUCUGGUGGAGGCCAAUGCAGAGCAUGCGGUGGAAGUGAGGACUCAGGUUCAGCAGCCCGCAGAUGAGAACUGGGACCACAAUGGUUCGGCGCAGACGUGGCCCUGCGAGAGCAGCCGCUCGCACACCACCAUUGCCAAAUACGCCCAGUACCAGGCCUCCAGCUUCCAGGAGAGCCUGCAGGAGGAGAAAGAGAGCGAGAAUGAAGAGGAAGGAGAGAGGACAAAGUCUUCAGAAACAUCAGCCGCCACCAAAGCUGCUCUGACAUUAACCAACAAAGGCAGUGCUGCCUGGAUGAAAUCCAGUUCUGCAAGCAUCCUCAGCAAAGCUCAAACUGUUCAUGCUAACAGCACAUCUGGUUCAGAGCAGAAAACAGUUGGAAAGAUCAUAAAGUUUGGGACCAAUAUUGAUCUCUCUGACCCUAAAAGGUGGAAGCCCCAGCUGCAGGAACUGCUCAAGCUGCCAGCCUUCAUGCGCGUGGAGUCCAGCAACAACAUGCUCAGCCACGUCGGUCACACCAUCCUGGGCAUGAACACCGUCCAGCUCUACAUGAAGGUGCCAGGCAGCCGCACACCAGGUCAUCAAGAGAACAACAACUUCUGCUCAGUCAACAUUAACAUCGGGCCUGGUGACUGUGAGUGGUUCGCUGUCCACGAGCACUAUUGGGAGGCUAUCAACAGGUUCUGUGAGAAGCAUGGAGUAGACUACCUUACAGGGUCCUGGUGGCCAGUCCUGGAGGACCUCUACAGUUCCAACAUUCCUGUGUACCGCUUCAUUCAGAGGCCGGGAGAUCUGGUGUGGAUCAAUGCGGGGACUGUGCAUUGGGUCCAGGCGGUGGGCUGGUGCAACAACAUUGCCUGGAAUGUGGGACCACUCAACUCGUACCAAUACCAACUAGCCCUAGAGCGCUAUGAGUGGAACGAGGUGAAGAAGGUUAAGUCAAUCGUUCCCAUGAUCCAUGUUUCCUGGAAUGUGGCUCGCACCAUCAAGAUCACAGACCGAGAUACCUACAAGAUGAUCAAACACUGCCUGCUGCAGUCCAUCAAGCACAUCCAGAUUCUGAGAGACCAGCUGGUGGCUGCGGGGAAGAAGAUCUGUUACCAGAGUCGUGUGAAGGACGAGCCAGCCUAUUACUGCAACGAGUGUGACGUGGAGGUGUUCGACCUGCUGUUUGUGACCAGUGAGAACAGCAGUAAGAAGAGCUAUGUGGUGCACUGUGAGGACUGUGCCCGAGCUAAGAGCCCAUCGCUGGUGGGAGUCGUGGUGCUGGAACAGUAUCGGAUUGAGGAGCUAAUGAGAACCUACGACACCUUUACACUGGCUCCAUCGCCCUUUUCCAAGUGAGGACUCCUCCCUCAGCCAUAACCAAAACUCUAAUGGCAGCACAAACGUUGUCUUCAAGGCAAUCUAUUCCUGCAAACACUCUCUGAAUCAGCCAAUCACGUUUACUCAGUAUUGUUUACAUCACACAAUAAGGUAUGGAUACUCAGCCAAUCAAACAAUAGCUCACUGUCUUCCCCAUACCAGCUGCUGAUUGGACGUGUGUUUUGAAAUAGAAUGACUAGACUGGUACUUCUCAUGAAAAGCAUUUCAGACAUGUACAAAAAAUAAUAAUGUGAGCACUGCUAGCACUGAAAAUCAGGUUAUAUGUUCAACGGACACUGCUGUGAUUCAAAAGCGUCAAGUAGCCGGUUCUGUGUAUAAAUUCAGGUACUUUUAUGCAAAUUCAGUAGAACUUUUUUACACCAAUCUAGUUAUUCUAUAUGUCCAUGAAUUUGCUGUGAUUCUGUUGUACCAGCAGGGGAAUCGCUUCACAGGAGAAGUAGCUGAUUGUCACAUUUGGCAUCGUAUUUGGUUCCUGUUUUUGUUUGGUAUUCAGGUAAACUCUGACAUUUGUAAUUCCUGUCUGUAUACUCUUUGAGGUGCUAUUCCAAUCUAAUUUAUUCUUGUUCGAUACUUUAAAAAAAGUUUUACCAGCCUAGAAGUACACCACAUUGGCCUUGCAAACUGUAUUUAGAGGAGAGGUAAUUAGAGCAUUAAACACACAAAUAAGGAUUUAUCAACGUAUUUUAAAAAAAGAAAAAUCUAAAACGUUUAUCAGUUUCUCUAAAAUACGGGUUUACCAGAGGACUAAUAUGGUUUCAUUCUUUGUUGAAAAUCAAGUAUGUAAAUGAAUAAUUAGAUUUUUUUUUUCUUCACAAGUCCAGCUAAAUAGUCAUCGGUGUUUCUAUGAUUCGCCCGGAAAAACAGACAUAGCGUUGUUUUUUAUUUUUGGAAUGGGAAACAAUCCCGGUUUUAUACCUCUUUUGUUGCUAUGUUACUGUUUCUAGAUGACAGAGAAAAUAAAUAAUUGUAAAUUGUGAAUGAAUUUAUGGAAUACACAGUGGUGUGCAUAGAGGGGGUGCAGAGGGGCAGAAGUUGGUGUCACUUAGGUGCCCGUUACAGCCUGAAGAAAGUAAUAUGUCCAAAGAGACACACAAUCAUAAUCUUCAAAUGCAAAAGCCAGUGAGGCUAAAUACAUGACCAGACUGAAUGGCACCUUAGUGUUUUCAUUUUUACUCCAAACAUCCAUCCUAUGAGCAGUGGU